UCUUUAUUAUGCUUUCUUUUGUUUGAGGAUAAGGUCAGUGAUUCUUCAAUGGAUUUGUCUGUUUUGUUACUCAAAAGAGCAAUUGAAGCUCAAUUUAGUUAAAUCUCAAUUAAUAUUUGAAACCCUUUUAAUGAAAUGGGGAGGUUCUUUGAACCAACCUGAAAUUGAUGUAUCCUCUGUGUUAUCUCAUUGUAUUUUAGGUCUAAAUGUAAUUUGGGGUAUUUUUAUUGGUGAAGGAGAUAUAGAGAAAUUAAGUCUAAUGAAGGUUGCAGGCUUAAUUGAAACCUCUGCUAAAACUGGAACUGAAGUUCUUGACCUGGGAGGAAAGUUAAUGGAGCAGGUUGAAUGGCUUCCUGUGUCAAUUGGGAAAUUAUUAGUUAUCACUGAGUUGAACUUAUCUGAGAACCGGAUCAUGGCUCUUCCAUCAAGCUUUGGUGGCCUCAAGGCAUUGACAAAGCUUGACAUCCACUCAAAUCAAUUGAUAAACCUUCCGGAAUCAUUUGGGGAACUUGUCAACUUGACUGAGCUAGACUUACAUGGAAACAGGUUAAGAUCUCUACCAGCUUCUUUUGGGAACUUGACAAAUCUUAUUGUUCUGGAUUUGAGUUCAAACAACUUAACUGUACUGCCACCGACACUGGGAAAUCUAACUCACUUGAAAAGAUUGAAUGUGGAAACGAAUGAGCUUGAAGAACUCCCUUAUACAAUUGGGUCCUGUUCAUCGCUUGUGGAGCUGAGAUUGGAUUUCAAUAAGCUAAAAGCACUUCUGGAAGCAAUUGGGAAGCUUGAAUGCUUGGAGAUCCAUACAUUGCACUAUAACAGAAUCACAGGGUUACAAUUAAAAAUUAUGCCUAUAAAAAGAAGCCUAAAGAUUCCAAUAAGAUCAGCAUAUCUUGGACAUUUACUUGAAAGCAAUCACAGCUUAGCAGGUGAAAACGAUGAGCUCACCAAUGUGCAAAAAGUCCACGUCGAUCACGAAAAGGACAGCCUUGCCAAUAAGAGGAACCACCAAUGUCUAUAUAAAGGCCACUUAGCAAAUUUGGAAAGAACAUACGUGGUGGAAUCGUGCGACAACAGGUUCCAUACAGAAAUUCUCUCGGAUUCAUUCAAGAGCUUGAAGAAAUCCAAGGAAUCCAUGUUGAAGCUAAAUCAAGCCCUUGGGGUUCUUGGGGAUGCUCUUAAACCUACAACAGUAGGUUUGCAAGAAAGCUUUUAUUAUUCAUCCUGGCUUCUUCAAACCACAGAUUUCUGUAACACAAAGCUUGAAACUAGCAAACAUCAAACUUGA